AAUACGACGACGCGAUUUUGCCUCCCUCUUACGAUUUUCCUGGAAACUCUGCUAAACCCUAGAAAUUUAAGAGAGAGAGAGAGAGAGAGAGAGAGAAUGCCUCAGGUCAGGAUCAUAGCCAAGAACUUCAUGGACAUGGUGGCCUCGUUGCCUGCCAUGAAGCUCGACAAUCUCUACUCCAAUGCAUUCAUCUGCGAAGCCAUUCUUAGGUCGCUGCCUCCUCUGGCGAAGAAAUAUGUUCUGCAGAUGCUGUGCAUUGACGGUCCGAUAAGCGCCAAGUCGAUGCAGGAGUGGGUACUCGCAGAUGGAGCCUCCAAGCACAAAGUCGCCGUUGAUCGUUUGCUUCAGUUGAGAAUAUUCACUGAAACUGUCGACAGGAAAAGGGAAACAAGUUAUAGAUUAAAUCCAGUAUUUCAGAGUAACCUUCAGAAGCUUUUAGUAAGUGGUGAAGUUUUGCCUGGAGAACCACUACCUAGCAGUAUUACAGCAAGGCUACCAAGCUUGGAGGAGCUUGAUGUUUUUGCCAUUGAACAAUGGGAGUGUUUCAUGUUGCAACUUAUAAACUCAUCCCAAGCUGAAAGACCAUCGAACAUCAGCUCUUCCACAAUGAAAGUUUUCCAGCGUGGCCUUUUGACUCAGAGGGAUAAAGAAGCUCCACGCUUGACAGAAAGUGGUUUCCAGUUCUUGCUUAUGGAUACAAAUGCACAACUUUGGUAUAUUAUCAGAGAAUAUAUCUCUAACUCUGAGGAUAGAGGUGUAGAUCCAGCAGAUUUGAUUUCAUUCCUUCUAGAGCUUAGUUUUCAUGUCACCGGUGAGGCCUAUAACAUCAGCUCCUUGACCGAUAUUCAGAGGGAGACAAUCAAGGACCUUGCAGACUUGGGAUUAGUGAAACUUCAGCAGGGUAGGAAGGAGAGUUGGUUUAUACCAUCAAAAUUAGCUACAAAUCUCUCUAUGAGCUUAACAGAUUCGUCAUCACGGAAACAGGGAUUUGUGGUUGUCGAAACAAACUUUAGGAUGUAUGCCUACUCAACUUCUAAAUUACAUUGUGAAAUUUUGCGUCUUUUCUCAAGGAUAGAAUAUCAGCUUCCAAACCUGAUAGUUGCGGCAAUAACAAAAGAAAGCUUAUACAACGCUUUUGAAAAUGGCAUUACUGCUGAGCAGAUAAUUUCAUUUCUUCAGCAAAAUGCACAUCCUCGUGUUGCGGAAAGAAUACCAUCUGUACCUGAGAAUGUUACUGAUCAGAUGAGGUUGUGGGAGGCAGAUCUGAACAGGGUUGAGAUGAUCCCUGCCCAUUGUUACGACGAGUUUCCUUCGAGGGAAGUUUUUGAGGGUGCUUGUGAAUUUGCACGGGAAGGUAACGGUUUCUUGUGGGAGGACUCGAAGAAGAUGCGUCUGAUUGUCAAAGCGGAAAUCCACAAGAAUAUGCGAGAAUACCUCAGCCGUUCGAAGUAGUAGGCGCACAUUAUACACUUUCCCAUUCUUUAAAAUUAACAAAUGGUGGGAGGAAGAGGCCUGUGCUGCUCAGCAUACAAGUAACAAUAUAGUGGUAUAUUUUACCAGUGUUUCCUAUUUAGCAGGAGUUACUCGCUGUCUGGCCUUGUGCAAAAGAAUCGAGACGGAUAAGCGGAAAGUUUAUUUGAAGGCCGACAUGUUGCACCGAGAGAUCAUGGAAUCCGUCAUUAGUACUCGUAUAUGGAUAAUUUAUUUUUGAAAGUUAUUGUUUCAAUCCUGAAAUUCACCUAAACAGAUGAGGAGAAAAAGGAGGAGUCCCGCUGUUCUGGUACUUGUAGUUCGUAACUUCACAUACAGAUUGUGUAAAAUUUUCCAAUCCAGCGAGCUUUAAAAUAUUUUUUUCUCAGUUUUUACCGUCUAAACUGUUAAUUUUUAGUUCAGUUUUUCUGAAGAGCCUUACUGUGAAGUACCUUGUCCAGGGAGAUUACUUAUUAG